AUGGCACACAAGUACUACAACUACAAUCCCUCCGAAGGCGCCGCCAUCCCCUUCGCCGCGCUGUUCGGCCUCACCACCGUCAUCCACAUCUGGCAGACAAUCCGAACCCGAACAUGGUACCUGAUCCCGUUCAUAGUUGGCGGCGUCUUCGAGGCAAUCGGCUACCUCUGCAGAUUCAUCAGCGCGCGAGAAACCCCAGACUGGACAAUGAAGCCCUACGUCGGCCAAAGCGUGCUCAUUCUGCUCGGCCCAGCCCUGUUCGCCGCCUCAAUCUAUAUGCUCCUCGGACGCAUCAUUCGCGUUUUAAACGCCGGUUCGAUCUCGCCUAUUCGGCCGACAUGGUUAACAAAGAUCUUCGUGACGGGCGAUAUUCUCUCCUUCUUACUCCAAAGCGGCGGAGGCGGAAUGCAAGCGAGUGCCACGGACGCCUCAAAAGCAGACAUGGGCGAGAAGAUGAUCCUCGGCGGUCUCUUCGUGCAGAUCCUCUUCUUCAGUAUCUUCAUCAUUGUCUCGAUAAUCUUUCACCGGCGGAUGCUUUCAACGCCCCUGAACUACAUUGGAACUGGGCUGCCGUGGGGCCGGUACCUCAAAAUCCUGUAUGCUGUCAGCACGCUGAUUAUGGUCCGUUCGGCGUUUCGGGUUGCGGAGUAUGUUCAGGGGAAGGAGGGGUUUCUGCAGAGUAAGGAGGUGUUUAUCUAUCUGUUUGAUGGGGCGCUUAUGCUUGUUUGCUGUGGCGUUUUGAAUGUUUGGCAUCCGAGUGCGAUUGUUGAUGGGAGGAAGGACAAGUAUAAGCCGGCGGAGGAUUUGGAGAUGUUGAGAGGGGGUGCCCAUACUGCGUACUAG